UUAUAUACACUUAUUAUUAUUAAUUAUCAAAAAUGCAAAUAUUAGUUAAAUUAGUUUCAAUUUUAUUUAUUUGCUAUAAUGUGUUGGCAUUUCAAGGCAGUGAUGAUGAGAUCACAGACCUCCCGGGUAUACCAAAAGGGGUUACAUUUAAGCAAUAUUCGGGUUAUUUGAAUGCUUCGAAGGGUCGACACUUGUUCUACUGGUUAGUCGAAAGUCAGACCGAUCCGGCCAAUGCACCGGUAGUUUUGUGGCUUAAUGGCGGUCCCGGUUGUAGUUCAAUGUUCGGUAUGCUUACCGAAAACGGACCCUUCCGUGUGAACAGUGACGGCAAAACACUGGAAAUACAUAACCAUUCGUGGAAUUCGGUGGCAAAUAUCAUCUAUUUGGAGGCACCGGUUAGUGUCGGGUUUAGUUACGAUGAAAACACUAAUAAACCAAAAAAUACCGACAACUCGACAGCUGUGGACAACUAUUUAGCUCUCGAAUCGUUUUUCUUGAAAUUUCCGCAUUUGAAGAAAAAUCCGUUUUAUAUAACCGGCGAAAGUUAUGCCGGUAUUUAUAUACCGAUGUUGGCUAAAGAAAUUUUUACCCGAAAGUCAACUAUCAAUUUGAAAGGUGUCGGCAUUGGUAACGGAUUGCUGUUAGAGACUCAAUCAAAACGCCAAAGAUCUCAAUCGGACUAUUAUUUCGAGUUAGGACACGGUUUGGUCACAACCUAUAGCUAUGAGGCACUCAUCGAAAACUGUUGCGACUGUCCGGCCGGUCAGCCUCAACACGUGUGCACACUUAGUCACGCGCCUAAUAAAACUAAAUGUGCUAGUACACAUGUGGAAUCGGUAGGUUACGGUCCCAAUCCGUACAAUAUUUAUGAUGUAUGCGCACCCGAUAUCAAUAUGCAACAAGUGUUCAACAAGUACUACCGUAAUGCAUACACCAAAACUAAGUCAAUGCCAGUCAAUUUUAACAUUGGCGCCAACAAAGCCGACUGUCCCAAGGAUGGUCACUAUGAGUUUAUGAAUACCGAUGCCGUACGUAAAGCAUUGCACGUUCGGGAAAAUUCGGGCACUUGGCGGGGAUGUGGCGGCAGUUAUUCAGAUUUUGGUACACCACAGGACCAUAAUUUGUUACAAUUGAUCAAUGAGUUUAAACUGGAGAGGACAGUCGUCUACAAUGGCAAUUGGGAUACUGUUUGCGAUUUCAUAAGUGAUCAACAAUUUGUUGAUGGACUCGGCUAUAAGCAAAUCGGAACAUAUAAAACGUGGUUUAGAGAGGAUGGCUUUGUUGGCGGUUUUGUUAAACAUUUUGAAAAAUCCCUGAGUUUUGUUGUAGUCCGCGGCGCCGGCCAUAUGGUUCCCGCUGACCAACCCGAAGCUGCACUACAUAUGUUUAAGUUUAUUAUUGGAAAAGGUCAACUAUAAUAAUUAUUAUUUUUAAUUUUAUAUAAUUAAAUUGAU